AUGGGUGCGGGGGCUUUCAUAGAACCACUAGUGGUAGUAUCAUUACUUUUCGGAGGCACUUGGGUCAAUCGCAAUCCUGAAUAUCGCCUGUUAAACCCAAGAAGAGUAUAUCGCCACAAUUCCCCGCGAUCAGCAUCGCCAGCAUCCGCAUCCUCAUUUGAGUCUGGACGUUCGAGUCCAACGUCUAGCGUCUCACUCCUCGGAAAUGUCGACGAGGAGCCAAAAUGGCGGAAACGCGAGUUGUCCUUGUUCGGGCUGAAGAAGGAGGUCAUGAGCCCAAAUACCAGGAGGUUUGACGAUUACUUCCUCAGCAGACUACUGAAGAAAUUUCCAUUCCUCGUUGAAGCUUGGUAUUGGGCGUUGAUAUACUGGGUAUAUCAGCUGGGUCGCGCAUUCACAGCAGUCACCAUGAAAGAGGGUACGGUCAACGUUGCUCGUCGCCAUGCCCUUCAAAUCAUCCACCUAGAGCAGCGGCUCCACAUUUUUCUCGAACUUGAUGUCCAAGCAUGGUUCCUCAAGCAUCCAACCUUGCUACACUGGACGAACCGAACCUACUCCUUUAUUCAUAUCCCGGGAACCAUCCUCUUCCUCGUCUGGCUAUUCUACUACACCACAACCCGUAAUCGCGUCGACCUACCUCUACACAACAAGCCCAAGGGAGAAGCAGAUGGUUCGCCUGCAGGACCUAGGCUUUACGAAGCUCGCAGGCGCACCAUGGCCGUAUGCAAUUUGAUUGCCUUCAUCGUGUUCACGCUUUGGCCCUGCAUGCCGCCGCGCCUUCUAUCUGAUCCAGACGUUCCAGGAUCAGUGGGCAAAGAAGCACGUAGCUUUGGCUUCGUUGAUACCGUGCAUGGUGCCGAGGGUGAAAGCAGUGUCUGGACACAGAACAAAUUCUGUAACCAGUACGCCGCGAUGCCAUCGCUGCAUUUUGGCUACUCUCUGCUCAUUGGACUUACCAUCAUGUCGAUUCCUCUUGCACCGCAGCAUAGUCGCUCCCGCACCGUCCAGCUCACGAUGGGUCUGCGCAUGCGCGUUCCUUCGCUACGACGUCUGGCUUGCAUCUUCCUCGGAGUCGCAUAUCCAACCAUCAUCUUUAUCGCGAUUGUCGCGACAGCAAACCACUUCAUUCUUGAUGCGAUGGCGGGCGCCAUUGUCUGUGGACUUGCCUGGAACGGCAACAGCAUCCUGCUCAACCUAUUGCCACUGGAAGAUUAUUUCCUCUGGCUCGUGAGGAUUCACAAGCCACACAGGAAGAACGUACACUUUGAGGAUGAUGACGAUGAAGACUCUGGACGGGCCAACGACUGGAACAAGGGUCUUGUCGAGUAA